AGAUAGCAGCGGUGGUAUCAAGGCAUUGCCCCUCGUGCGAAGACUUUACCGUUACAGCGAGUACCACAGUGCCAGUGGGUCAUUUAAAAAGUCGGCCUUGGCCCAGAAUGACCUGCCAUCAGCACGCUGUUGAUGAUUUGGAGAUACGCGAAAACACUUUGAAGCACGUCUUUCUAAUGUAAAUACUUCUGGUAGACGCACUUGCGGAAACGUUCGCGGAGGUUUUUGCACUCAGACCUACCUGUUCUAAGUAUUCUGUCAUUACACUGGAGGUCUUUUUUAGUCAAAUUCGCCGCAUUUUUUUGCGAUCAUGAAGCAGUGCGCUUUCUUUGUGUCUGUUGCAGCUUGUGUUGUGCUAGUGAGGUCACAAAACGCUUGCAAUCAGAUCAACCCAGUACAAAAAUGUCCAUUGCCGGCAACUUUCUUCGAUUCAUGGAAGAGUCUCGUCGCUGAUCGUUUGGCAAACGUCUACAGUGCUUACCAUGGACCUGCCGCUUCAGUUGCCAGAAAAUUCCUACGCAUGGUUCCAACAUUGAUCAUAACAGAAGCUCUGAAGAAUAAAGCAGUGUCCUUACAGAUAGGCAUAGACGUUGAAAAUGCCAACGACUGGAACAUCGUCAGAAACACCUUGGAGCGUCGUACAGAAGACGUAUUCGAGAGAAAUCCCGCACCAUUCACUGUGCUAUUCAACCCGUUCAUCUUGAACAGCAAGAAAAUACGUAGAAAAUGCCGUAAAGAUAUGCUGUGUAGGAUGGGCCUUAUUGUGGAAGAUAACAGAGACGCAGCCGUUAAAAUGAUCAAUGAUAUGACUCCAGAGCUGAUAAAACAGUUCAAAAGGGUCUUGGAUGAUUUGAACAUCCUGAGGGACGAUGUGUGCGAAGGCGGACAAUGCCAGAUUGUAGAGAAGGUUCUAUCCAAAAGGAAAGAGCUGAAUGAGAUUUUGGACAAUCAGAAUAACAUCAAUAUUGCGCAAAGGUGUGCGAUCGAGUUGCUAGUUCCUAAUUAUGUAGAAUAUGUAUAUGAAAAUUGUGAUGAGUGAAUGGAAAUUAUUAUUUAUUUUGAAGAAACCUAGGAUUGAUGAUAAUAUAUGUUAUUUAUUGUUGAUUUGUUGUGUUUUGCUUGAUAUCCCAGUUAAAAGCACAAACAAUUCAACGUUCCUAUAUGAUCAAUCCAAUCCACAGCUUUGCGGACGACAGCACUCUACAUGGAGGGGUUGGGAGUGCGAAGCCGAUCUCUGCCGGCGAGCUGAAGCGAAGAAAACUAGCAUCGACUUUAUCUUUAACGAGAAAUCUUGAGCCCAUCACUGUUUCGGGACAAACAACUCUUUCAAAAAACAGUACUACGUAUGCCUUGUCUAACAGAAACAGCCCUAGCUCUUAUCCGGUUUCGAUGGACGGCUGCGUUCUCCCAAAGAAUCAUUCAUUUCGGCUGGAACAUAUCUCGGCAGUCGCGACAUCUGUCGGAAAAAUCUAGACUAUUUGCUUAUGUGUUUGGAGUGUUACAUCAUCCAUGCUCGAUGCUGUUCAUAGAAGGCUAUCUACGUGAUCGAUCACCAGAAUCCGUGGGUGUAUGUACUUCUCGAAGAAAAGAUUAAAUAGGGUGGAAUUGGAAUUGGCAGCUAAAUAUGUUAAGAAGUCUGU